AUGGCUUCUUUCGCGGUCACAGCCUACGCCGCCUUAUCGCACACGCCCAAGGUCGAGGAAGCUCUGUCGGGAAUCUUUGGCAGCAUCAGCUUGACCGCGUGGAUAUGCCUUCUCCUCCCCCAGCUCCUCGCCAAUUACAAGGCGCAAAGCGCUGAUGGCCUGUCCAUGGGCUUCCUGAUUAUCUGGUUAAUCGGCGACGUGACCAACCUCCUAGGCGCCCUCUUCACGCACCUCGCCCCGACGGCGGUGGCCCUCGCGACGUACUUCUGCUUCGCGGACCUCGUCCUCAUCGGCCAGUGCGUCUACUACAACACCAAGAACGCCCGCCGCGCAUCGCGCCGCCGCUCCUCCGCCGCCGCCGCUGGCGCCCCGGCCCCUGCCGAAGCCACCGAAGACGAGCCCCUGCUCCGGGACUCGCGCCGCCGCAGCUCCUCCGCCGCGGGCCUCCCCGGCUCGCACCGCCGCCAGGGCCUGCAUGAGGAGAGCUCGCUCGACCCGCUGCGCAAAAUGGUCACGGGCGAGGACGACACGCCCGACAGCAACCCGUGGCUGCACAACACGCUGAGCAUCCUUGCCGUCUACCUUGUCGGCGCGGCGGGCUGGUUCAUCUCGUACAAGGCCGGCGCGUGGGACUCGCCGGAUGCGGACGUCGGCUCGCCUGAGCAGGCGGCGGGCACGCUGGAAAAGGUCGGCUUGAUGUUGGGGUAUUUCAGCGCCGUGUGCUAUCUCACGGCGCGUAUCCCGCAGAUUCUGAAGAACUACCGGGAGAAGUCUUGCGAAGGUCUUGCGCUGCUCUUCUUCCUCCUCUCCCUCACCGGAAACCUCACCUACGGCGCCAGCCUGGUUGCGUUCAAGCAGGACAAGGCCUACCUCCUCAACGCGCUCCCCUGGCUGCUCGGGUCGCUGGGCACAAUGGUCGAGGACUUUGUCAUCUUUGCGCAGUUCCACAUGUACGCGCCGCGUCGCGAGACGAAGCACGACGACCAGGCGUAA